UCGAAUUCUAAAAUUCUACACCUCUCACUGCGCGCAGACAGAUGUCGGCAACCGCCGCCGUUAAUCCAGCCGUAGGGCUUGACAACAGUCGACCAGGUUCUCUGCUCUUUGAAGUCAUUGGCGCCAGCGAGGCUUCCCUAGUCCGUCUACCUAACGAUCCGCCAUACUCGCAAUUGCGACAUGACCGCCAGGUGCUUUUGAGACUCCAAUGGAUCCUUGACGCGGUGUGCGUGUCCCACCCCGCUCCAACGUUAUUCCCAACCGCCCCGCCGAUUGAUGGUCCCACCAUUCUCCGCAUCAUUCUCUUCAUCUUGAAGAUAUGUACUUCUAACAAGACUGUUGGCGGAUCGUCAUUGGACUAUACCAUCUUCCGUUUUGUUGCCUUAGAUGCACUCGUAGCAGCGACCCGGGUGCUUCUUUUGUCGAAAUACAAUGUUAGUCUCGAGGAGGAGGAUCUUGUUAUGACACAGAUCCAGGCAUUGGUGAAUGCAUGGGACCAAAAACGGAGCCUGUCGCUGACGGAGAAGGCGUUCUUGGAGGACAUGCUACCCGGCAGCAUCGUGCUGCAAUAUGAAAAUGGGGUUCAAUCUACGCGAUUAUCGCCCGAGGAAGAUGCCGAGCGCCAGUUUGCAACUGUUUUGACCAAAGGUUGCGCAACACCGGACACGUUCUGGACCCUUCGGGAUACUUUGAUGAACCUGAUUAUUGCGCCACCCAUGGACCAUAGGGUGGAUGGGGCAGGUAGAUACGAUCCAUCCCCCAUCCUUCGCAUCAUAGCGACUGCAUCAGAGCAGAGCCGCUCAGGAAACGUUAGCGUGCUUUCGACAGCAAUAGUACAAUAUCUCGCGGAGCGGAUCUCAUUCACCAUCAACAGGACUCAACAGUCGUUAUCUGGAGACCAUUUAUUGCUUGAUAAACAGCUUGCAAUGCGGAUGGGGAGAGUUCUGCGCCUCGAGAUUGACGAAUUCCGACGUUCGUUUCACACACUAAAAAAAGAUGACAGUGUCCUCCAAUGGGUGGAGGAUAGGACUUCGACAUUGUCGCCUCUCAGCGUCAAGAGCGAAGAACAGUACUCCUCGCGCGACAUCUCCUCUUGUAGUUCCCCUACUGAUAUUAGAGCAUCAUUAGCAUCCAUUUCUAAUCAUAUGAACGCGACCCUGCACGUCGAGCCUCUUCGCCUCAAAUCAAGUGCAGAUAUUCGAGAUUCAGAUAGCCUGCAAAGUCCCAAAUGGAAUCUACCUUGUAAUCCCGCUGCCUCUAAGGCUGAAAGCCCCCCGGAAACAGAUGCUGGUAUUCACCUCGACUUGACAGAGGCAGACCAACAUUUACCAAUGGAACUACAAAACCGGAGUGAUUCAGCGGCCACAGAGAUUGCGCAGCCCGCCAUCAAAAUGAUUCAGGAUGCAACUGCAGCUUUAGCUCGAGACGUACCCCCGAGAAAACCAGUACCUGCUCCCUCACGGCCAGCAGUAGCACAACCUCAUGCACAAGCUUGGGUGUCAAGGACGACUUCUCCAUCCACCUUACCCCAGGCCCUACGCCCAGGCCUACCUUUAGAAUCAUUUCGUGUGGCAUUCGACGCGCUGCAUUCGGGACCGCCCUCAAAUCCUCCAUCUGUGCCGCUUCCACCGAUUCCUUCUCCCAAAUCAUCUGAAGUGGCUCAUAAGCGACCAUCAGGAGGAUUUAUGGGACCUCCGGCCCAUAUACAACAGCAACCGCCUUCUUUUGCUGCGGAACGGAAAUCUAUUCGCGAUGUUGGACAACAUCUACCAGUUUCGACCUUUAAUCCAACAUCAAAGCAGCAGCAAACGACAAAACGGAUAUCGUAUGAAAACUACCCUGAGGUUGUAGAACCUCCUCCUGAACCUCCCCAGUUCCUUCACAACCAUGGUAACCCCGAACGCAUUGCUUCCGGCCUCGAGUUCGUGGACAAGUCGACUAUAGUACUACCGAAACGUAUUGAUCAAAAUGUAGAAUUGCUUCCCUGGGCACCUCAGGACUACGAAAAAGCCUCAGGCUUAGCACACACGCUACAGCCUCCUCCGUUCCCUCAAGACCGCCGGAGGGAAUCUAUCACUACCGCGACGGACUCGCAUUCAGUCAGCAAUCUCUCUUCGUCCGCCAGCAUAGCGAGCCGAAAGAAGAGUCGCUUUUUUGGACGACUCAUGGGCUCAGGGAAAUCAGCCUUAGACCCACUACCGCCAAGCCUCGAUUUCUGCUUCUCAUCUUGUGGACGGCAUCUUGCGCUUUGGUGUAAGAAGGACCCAAUAAGCUUCGUCCAUAUAGACGCGCCGUUUCACACCGGCCGGUGCCAUGAGUUAGUGGUACCAAACAAUGUCAGGUUGCCAGAUGGCAAGCAGCGAAGUCGGAGCAUCCGCCACCUCGCUGCAAGUGGUGCGGUUGUUGUAGCAGUUGUUCAUAUUGAGGAUUCCCGAUGGAUUUAUUGUUUGAAAGAAGACAAACUUCAGCCAGCACUUGUCAUUGAUGAAGGCACACCAGUCGUUCUCGCUCUUGCGCUCUCCCCUGACGGAGCGAACAUCGCGCUCGGAUGUGGUAAAUACACCCUAGUUUACCGCAAAUUGAACGAAGAGCUGCGUGGCCCGUGGAAGCUCUCUCCAUCUGCUGAUAUCGGAAGCCAUGCGGUCCGCGUCCACAAAGUCAAUUUCUCUGUUGACUCAAAAAGACUGAUAUCUUCGAUGCAGGUGGAGAAAAACUCACAUAAGCAUGCUGUACAUGUAUCAAUUUGGACUUGCUUUGGAUCCGAUAUUAAACUGGAAUCACAACUGGAUCCAGUAAACCUGACCGUGGGUUAUGCGGAUGACACUGGAAUCUCUUCCAUUUCUCUUGUGGGUCAUUCGGACUCUAAGCUCAUUCAACAGGUCUUCCUCACCGCCGUCUUAUCGAAGUCAUACCCCUCUAUCCUGUUCGUCGCACCAGGAUCAAAGAACAAACAUCUCGACGUGCCUGACACACGGGUGGAUAACUCCGCUCAAUCAUUAGCGGCUACUUCGUCGCACCUCUUCUGCAUCCGGUCAGGCCGCAAUAAAAUCUUUCGUGUCGACGUAAGAAAUGGCGCGACAGAGCUGGUAGCUAAUUUCUCUACUGAACGCAAGAAUUUGCACCUUCGGUAUGACCACAUUGCCCUUGGCAUGUAUAGCUCCGAUACAAUACAUUGUAUGUGGCGGACAGCUGAUGAGAAUAUCGUUUUGAAAACAAGUGUGCUGGCAAAUGGAAAGUGGACAACGACCUCUGCUGAACUUGGACCUAUAUAUCGACAGCUUGCUGGAAUAUCUUAG